UUCCACCCCCGCCACGUCCCCAUUCCACGUGGAACCGUUUCCCCCCAUAUGUUCUGAUUUCCACGUUGCCAUUGCAUUUUUGCUCAUUUCUAACAUUUUACACACACGAUGGUUGUGCAGACGGUUGUUCAUGGAUAUCCACCAAAUACUGAUAAUGAAACAGAACUUCUACGGGUCCGUCUAUUGCGUGGUACAAAACUCGGGAAACGUGAUUUGCUCGGCGUGUGCUCGCCGUAUUGUAUGAUUCGAUUGGAAAAUUCAAAUGGUGAUACGGUUGAUGAAGUGCAGGUGGAGACUAAGAAAAAGACCCGAAAUCCCACAUGGAAUAGUGUGUUCACAUUCCGAGUGACACGUGCUUGUCAGAUGAAAAUUCUGGUUUACGAUGAGAAUCGUCUGCGAAAAGAUGUCCUUAUGGGAUUUGUGAGCAGAACGCUGAACGAUGGGCUCAUCACGACACAGGCACCGAAUCCAGAAGAAUACGCGUUACAGUCGGGCACCGCGUCCAAGGGAAAAAGCAUCGGAUCGCUAUUCCUUAGCUUUCACUUUAUGCCAUCAUCGUCCGACAAUUCACCGAGUGACUCUACAGCUGAUCUCCAACAAACAUCCAGUGGAAUGCCGCAAGGAUGGGAAGAACGAGAAGAUGGGAAUGGUCGGACUGUCUAUGUGAAUCAUGCGCUUCGAACAACUCAGUUCACACCGCCGGAAAGUGUUUCGAACGGCAACGUGGACGCCAUAACAGAGCAAUCGGUGAUCGAGGAGACCCGCCGGCGACGUGACAAUUACGAACACCGGAGCCAGGUCACUGACGAGCCAUCGGACACCACAAUCGUCAGUAACGAGUUGACUGCGAUUGACGACGCGAUGCGUGCGAACUUCGAACGUGGUGGAGGUCACGUGGAAGAAGAAGAGGACGAGCUCCGGCUUCCGGAUGGAUGGGAUAUGCAAGUUGCUCCAAACGGACGUACGUUCUUCAUCGAUCAUCGCACAAAAACGACGACAUGGACGGAUCCGCGUCCGGGAGCUGCCACAAGAGUUCCGCUGCUCCGUGGAAAAACCGACGAUGAGAUUGGAGCACUGCCGGCUGGCUGGGAGCAGAGAGUUCAUGCCGAUGGACGUGUGUUCUUUAUUGAUCAUAAUCGACGAAGAACACAGUGGGAGGAUCCGAGAUUCGAGAAUGAGAAUAUCGCGGGACCAGCUGUACCGUACUCGAGGGAUUAUAAGAGAAAAGUCGAAUAUCUCCGUUCGCGACUUCCGAAACCGAAUAGUAACAGUGGAAAAUGUGAUAUGGUUGUGCAUCGCGACACGCUUUUCGAAGACUCCUACAGACAUAUUAUGGAUAAGAAAGACUACGACUUGCGUAAUAAAUUAUGGAUCGAGUUCUUCGGUGAGACGGGUCUGGAUUAUGGUGGUGUGACGAGAGAGUGGUUCUUUUUGCUCUCCCAUCAAAUAUUCAACCCCUAUUAUGGACUUUUUGAGUACUCGGCAACAGACAACUACACUCUCCAAAUAAAUCCACACUCGGAAGCAUGCAAUCCGGAACAUCUCUCAUAUUUCCACUUCAUCGGUCGUAUCAUUGGAAUGGCGAUUUAUCAUGGAAAACUGCUCGACGCCUUCUUCAUUCGUCCAUUCUACAAAAUGAUGCUCGGCAAAAAGAUUACACUUUUCGAUAUGGAAUCUGUCGACAAUGAGUACUAUAACUCGUUGAUCUAUGUGAAGGACAAUGAUCCGGCCGACUUGGAGCUCACGUUCUCACUGGAUGAUUCGAUUUUCGGAGAGACACAGAACAUUGAAUUGAUACCGAACGGGGCGAAUGUGCCGGUGACUGAGGAUAAUAAGGAGGAGUAUAUCGAGGCGGUUGUCCCAUCAAACCUGCUCCGCCUGUUCGACGCGAAUGAGCUCGAACUCCUAAUGUGCGGACUUCAAAAGAUUGACGUGAAAGACUGGAAGGCGAACACCAUCUACAAGGGAGGAUAUGGACCAUCGAGUCAGGUGGUUCACAACUUUUGGAAGUGUAUUCUGUCGUUCGACAAUGAGAUGAGAGCCCGUGUACUGCAAUUCGUCUCUGGAACGUCGAGAGUUCCGAUGAACGGAUUCCGAGAGUUGUAUGGAUCGAAUGGACUUCAGAAGUUUACGAUCGAGCGGUGGGGAAGUGCGGAUAUGUUGCCAAGGGCGCAUACUUGCUUCAACCGUCUCGACCUGCCACCCUACACAACGUUCAAGGAGCUCAAGUCGAAAUUGCUCACUGCUAUUGAAAACUCGGAAAUUUUCUCGGGAGUUGAUUAGAAUCAUCGAUUUUUCCCGAUAAAAUUCAUCAAAUUGUACGUAUUCCCUGUUCAUGUCUCAUAAUUUCUCUGCUUGCCAUUACAAAAAACAUCCCGGACAUUAUUGUAAUUUAAGAAUUCUAUUUUUUUUUAAAUAUGCCUGACCUGUGAUUCCUAUGAUUUUCCGAAUUUUCUUCUCUUAUGUAUUCUUUCCCCGUUUUUUCUUUUCCAUUUUCACUGAAAAAGUCUCGUCUACAGGUUUAUUUCUCACAUACACACCCACACUACGCGAUGUAUUGCUCGAAUUUAAUGAAAAAUUGUUCGUUUU